AAUCAGUUGACCCUACCGCUAGUCUCUUCAUUUUAACAAAAACCAAUUUCAUUCGCAACCUCUAUCAUCCUUAACUCCACAACAACAAUAACACCAACACCACCAACAACAACAACCUUAAUCUAAUAAUCUCACUCAGAACCCUAUUUUUCUCAAAUAUUCGAUUUAGGGCUUACAUUCUUUAACUCUUUCAAUUCAAAAAAAAAAAAAAAACUCAGAUCGUCGGGUGGUGGUGGUGUUGAUGAAAUUGAGAGAGGCUGUUGAGGUUGCUGUUGUUGUUGUGGUGGGGAAAUGAAUGUGAGCCACGCGACGGUUCACCCGGUGGAGGAGUUUCCUACGACGAACGCUGGUGGUGGUGGUGGUGGUGGCGGUGGCGGUGGUGAUGGUGGCGGUGGUGGCAACCCUCCGAGGCUGAGGAUGAAAGAUGUACAGGGAAUGCCAGGCACGCCUGGUGGUCUAGCCUUGCGCGCGUGCCAGUUUCUCUUCGCGGUUGCGGCUGUUUGUGUCAUGGCUACCACCAGUGACUUCCCUUCUGUCACUGCCUUCAGCUACCUUGUUGCGGCUGCUGGCUUGCAGAGUUUCUGGAGCCUUUCAUUAGCUAUCAUUGACAUCUAUGCCCUUUUAGUGAGGCGUUCAUUGCAGAAUUAUCGAAUUGUCAGUUUGUUUACUAUUGGUGAUGGGAUUACAUCCACUCUUACUUUUGCUGCAGCCUGUGCAUCAGCUGGCAUCACUGUCCUUAUUGACAAUGACCUUGAUAUCUGUGCACAAAACCACUGUAUAGAAUUUGAAACGGCAACGGGAAUGGCUUUCAUUUGUUGGUUCACUUCAUUGCCAUCUUUCCUACUGAACUUCUGGUCAUUGGCAUCCCGAUGAACUAAAAGAAAGCGAAAGAAGAUAGAGUCCAUUUGGAAUAUCAUUUGAGGCAUAGACUUUGUUGGUUUGAUCUUUCUUUCCUGUUGUGUUUUGUGAUAUCCAAAGUACUCGAAGUUGGUUGUGUUUCAUCAUGUGUAUAUUAGUAUAUACGAUGUAUAUCAGGCUGGGAUGUUCUUCAUAUACUCAAGGUUAUAGUGAUCACAAUGGUGAAGUGGUAAACAUUCAUUUGGGAUUUA